CUGCAUUCAUAAACGGAUAUGAUAAAGCGGCGCUGAACAUACCGGAGCGGCGACGACCAUGGCGGAAGAGGACGACGCGAGGAUUCGGAUUCUACAGAGCCUGCGUGGGAAAAUAUGUGAAGCUAAAAACCUGGGUCCGGUCUCCGGUCCAAACCGACAAAGGGAUCUCUGCACCUUUUGCACCAUCAGUUUGGAUCAGGAGGAGGUGUUCCGAACUAAGAUGUUUGACAAAAGUGUCAGCCCCUUCUAUGGUGAGGACUUUUACUUUGAGAUUCCUCGGCCUUUUCAGUGUUUAUCAUUCUACAUUUAUGCCAAGAGUGUUUUCCAAAGAGAUUUACCAGUUGGGAAAGUGUCAAUCAGAAAGGACGACCUGUGUGAAUAUAAAGGGAAGGAACACUGGUUUAGUCUUCAGCCAGUAGACCCUAACUCCGAGGUCCAGGGUAAGGUUCAUCUGGAGAUGAGACUCAACGAAGUGAUCACAGAGAACGGCUCAGUGGGUCAACACUUACUUGUGAGGAUAAUAGAGUGCCAGGGAUUGCCUCUUAUCAGUGGGCAGAUCUGUGACCCGUAUGCCACAGUUUCACUCGUAGGACCUGCUAGGUCUGACCAAAAGAAAACGAAAGUCAAGAAGAAAACCAGCAACCCUCUUUUUGAAGAAACCUUCUUUUUUGAGGUUACACGGUCCAGCAGCUACUCCAAAAAGUCACAUUUCCAAGUGGAGGAAGAGGACAUUGAAAAACUCGAGAUCAAAGUUGAUUUGUGGAAUAAUGAGAAUCUGGCUCAGGAUGUGUUCCUGGGGGAAACGCGGGUUCAUGUCAAGAUCUUGAGAAAUAAUCACAUCCACAAAGCCUGGUAUCUGCUCCAACCUAAAGGGAAUGGCAGCAAGUCAAAGUCUGAUGACUUGGGAUCCUUACGUUUAAAACUGGCCUACAUAGAAGACACGGUGCUGCCACCUGCCUGCUACACACCACUCUGCAACCUCUUGCUCAAAUCUCCUGACGUCAAGCCCAUCUCGGCGUCAGCAGCACACAUCCUAGGGGACAUCUGCAGAGAGCGAUACGAGGCCGUUCUGCCCACAGUUCGACUUCUCCUGCACCACAAUCGUUUUGUGCCUUUCGUGUUGGCUGUGGCAGCGUUGGAGUUGGACAACACUCAGGAGGCUAACACUAUUUUCCGUGGCAACUCACUGGCAACGCGCUGCCUUGAUGACAUGAUGAAGAUCGUGGGGAAGAAUUAUCUUGCUGUUACUCUGAAGCCUGUGAUUGAUGAGAUUUGUGAAUCGACUAAAACGUGUGAGAUUGAUCCCAAUAAACUAAAAGAAGGGGACAAUGUGGAGGUUAACAAGGAGAAUCUACAGGUUUAUGUCCAGAAAGUCUUCUCCUCUAUCACACAAUCCGGUGCCAACUGCCCUCCCCUCAUGUGUGCUGUCUUCAGGUCAUUAAGACACCUAGCCUGCAAACGUUUUCCAGCUGAUCCUCAUGUCCAGUACUCCGCUGUAAGCAGCUUUGUGUUCCUGCGCUUCUUUGCUGUUGCUGUUCUUUACCCACACUCCUUCCAGCUCCGCUCCCAUCAUCCUGACCCAGAGAUUUCCCGCACACUCACUCUCAUCUCAAAAACCAUCCAGACUCUUGGCAGCUGGGGCAGUUUGUCCAAAAAACUGUCUAGUUUUAAAGAAUCAUACAUGUAUGACUUCUUCAAAUCAUUCCAAGAAGAUAAGUGCAUUGAAAAGGUUAAAAAGUUUCUUGAUGAAAUAUCUUCAAACAUCUCUAAAGAGUCGAGGGCACUGGAGGACGCAGUGGUUCUGAAGGAAGGGGAAGUACAGAAACGGGCCCAGGGGAGAAAACGGCUUGGCAAGAAAAACUUUAAAAAGCGUUGGCUUCGAGUGACCAACAGAGAGCUCUCCUAUCACAAACAUAAAGGAAAAGAGCCUCUCUGUAUCAUUAAUGUGAAAAACAUCCAGGCAGUGGAGAAACUGGAUGAAAGUGCCUUUAACCGUAAAAACAUGUUCCAGGUGGUCCACAAUGAGAAACAGCUGUAUGUGCAGGCAGGGAACUGUGUGGAAGCCUGUGAGUGGCUGGAUGUCCUAGGCCAAGUGAGUCGCUGUAAUGAGUGUCGCCUGGCCACUUUUCAUCCAUCCAACUACAGUGCUGGAUCCUGGCAAUGCUGCAAUAGCCAAACGAGCAGUGCGCCUGGUUGUAAACCUUGCACCAUCACCAUGCAGGCCAACCUGCAACUGGACAUCGACUGCGACCGGGAAACGGAGAGGAUUUUCUCCCUCCUUUCUGCAAACGAUACCAAGCUUCAGAACAUGGAAGACGCGUGUGCCAGCAUGGCAGUGUACCAAGGCCCCCAGCGGGAGCAGGAGGAAUACUCCAAGUUCGUUAUCCAGGAACCCAAAGAGACCUUUCAGACUCUCAAACAGCUCCGAAACGUCAUGGUGGAACUUCAGCGGCAGCACGAGGUCAGAGGCGACAUCACGGCGCAGUACGGCAGCCUAGACAACCCAAUAGUGGGAAAAACCUCCUAACCGGGCCCAGGCCAGUUGGUGAGAGAAGACACCAGAGACACAGGUGGAUGAGUCCGAGACGAAGCCCGCCAUGUUUCCCCCUCCCCGAGGAGAAGAGGCUAACUCUCAGUCAGCAUCGAAGUUUUGAGAACCUAACAAGGAGCGACAUCGCCACACACCCGAGUCCCGUCGAUCCUUUUAUAACGAGCCACCCUCCUCGUCGUUCAUGUCCACAUAUGUGUGAGUAGGCUGCUAUUUUUGAUUUUAUUCACCCUGUUUUUAGGUUUAUGGAGGAUCUUGAAGUGGGGCCGCCCUGAACACUAUUGAUGUUUUUGCAUCUCCCCCGCCCCCUUGAACACACGUUUCUAUUUAAGAAGCCAAUCUGCCUUUCUUUGGAUCUUCUUUCACAUGAAAACGCUGAGGGAAUAAAUCAUGCAGAAGCACUUUAAUAUUUCUCUAAAUGAGAAACUGAUUACUAGAUACUUGGUAUCCGCUUUCCCCAUUUCGAUCAGUUACAUGAUCCUGGUUUUGUCUUGUUCCCCCCCCUGUACAUUUGUUGUUUUGAAGAUAUUUUCCUGACCAAAGACAAUUUCAUAGCUUUUGACUUGAAAAGCAAACUAAUGUAUUUUGAAUACGACUAUUUUAAAAGUGAAAACAAAUCUAUAUAUUUGUUGAACGCAUAUGUUUUUUCUAACAUAUCUUUUUUUCAUGACUUGAGGCGGGCAGACAGCGUGGAUGCGAGUUCAAAACCCGUUAUUUGGCAAAGCUUUAUGAAGGAAAUCCAAACUCUUGAUAAAGGAAAUGCAGACAAUCCCAGGAAUGAACGCAUGCCAGUAAAGACAAGAACAGAACAGACAAACGUCUUUAAAGGGAAGCCAAUCCUAAUAUGUUUAAAAAGCACACUUUCUUUGCCAGUAAAUUGAGGCCAACUUGUGGUUAUAGUUCUAUUUAUACGCCAUUUCCAAACGGAGAGUUGGUAAAAGCACCAGCCUUCCAUCAUUCCAUGUGUUGAUACAUGUCUUUUUUGUCCUCACUGCUUUUAAUCAACCUGUGUUGAAACUUGAACCUUUUGUUUUGUUAUUGUUGUUGUUCCAUGUAUAUUUGUAACACACUUCUUGUGUAUUUGUUUUUGUACGUUUUCAGCUUUGAACAAGUCAGCCUUUUAUUAGCACCCGCGGAACAGCGCUCAGUGUUGCCAGAUGGGAAACGACAAAUUGUCAUACUAGUAGCGUAAAAGGAUCGUAUCUUGAGGAAGAUUGUCGUACGUACCCAAAUUGACAUUGCUCAGCACCUUCUGUUACAGUAAAGUAUUAAAAACAUUACCACAGACCGUGUACCAUAUUUCCCGGACUAUAGAGCGCACCAGUAUUUAAGCCGCACCUACCAAAUUUUAGAAGAAAUAAAUAUGUUUACAUAUAUUAGCCGCACCAAACUAUAAGCCGCAGAUAUAUACAGGUACAAAGGAUUUUGUAAAUAUUAAUUUACAUAUCUUAAUUGUUUCCAAAUGGUGCCUGUCACACGGCUGAUAAAACAAAACAGAAAUCAUCGUCAUGGACCCACUAGCUGUGCAAGCUAGCUCUCUAAUCAGCUAAAAGGACUCAAUAACUCCAUGGUGUCAUUAAAGUAAAUUUAUUGAGGGAUUUGUGAAACUAAAGCAAUACACAAAUAAUGCGUUUUUAAGUUAAUAAUACUAUAAGCGCCACUUCAAAAGCUGUUGCUAACAACGCUAGCUUGAUUAUUUUACAAUAGCAAAUACAAAUAUGCAUGAAAACACUCCUACAGACAUCAAACAUGGGACUGUUUAGUAAGAAUUGUUUUAGUUAUAUUGUAAAACUUACAAAUGUUGCUUGGAGUGGUGAAUGAAGAAUCCUUCCGAGCAAAAACGCUACGAACGGUUAUACUUCCGGUUCGAGGCAUGAAACAGGAAGUACAUUUUCAACCCACAGCACGUGCAGCGAUCAAACUCGUCCAAAAAAUAGCGCCAUAGUACAAACAAUAACACACCCUUUCAGUGUCUCUGUCGGUGUUCUAGGAAAACUAUUUGUUGAAUACAAAACAUUAUGGCCGUUCGGCGUAUAGUCCAGAAAAUACGGUAUAUUAGGGCAUUGGCAAGGACAUCACGAUAUGUAUCACAAUACGAUAUGUAUCACGAUACGAUAACAGUUUUGUGAUUAAAAGGUGCAAUAUGUAGAGGCGGGGAAAAAUAUCAAUAUAGCAAUAUAUUGCCAUACUUUUUCUAACGAUAGAUUAUUUUAAAUGUUUUUUAAAUUAUUUUUUUCUUUAAGUCAAGUUUUGGGGCGAUUGUAACUCAAGGAUGACUUGCGCACCUCCGCAAUAUAUUGUAUUGCGAUAUAUUAUAUUUUACAUAGUUCUGUGAUAAAUUUAAAGUACUGCUUAAAAUACAGGUUGUACACCAGUUGACAGUAAUUAUUCAUUUAACAAACUGAGUCAAAAAACAAAGUAAUUCAAAUGAUCCAUUCACAUUUAUUGCAAGUGUACAGAUAUGACUUCUUGUACUGCCUUGCUCACCACUAAGCCUGCACAGCGAGGUAGCAACCGCAACGGAAUGGGGGUGCGCAAGUCGUCCUUGAGUUACAAUCUACCUACAAGAUGACUUAAUGUAAAUAUAUUAAGGUUAAAUAUUUAAAUAAAAAAUUUAUUUACUUAAAAAUCAUAAUAAAAAUGUAUAUUAAGACAUUAAAAAUCGUUAUUAUAUCGUUAGAAAAAGUGUCUCAAUAUAUUGCAAUAUCGAUAUUUUGCCUGCCUCCACAAAUUGCACUUUUACCUUUUUGAAUAAACAAACAGUGCCCCCACCCACCCACCUGGCAGUUAAGAAGCACCUUAGACAAUGCACUAUGUCAGCAGUGUUGCCAGGUGUAGGAUAAUUAUUGUAUUUGUACAAUAAUUUCACCCUCUAUACGACCCCGGGGGCCAGAUCUGGCUCGCCACAUUAUAAUAUGGAAAGCCUGGAAAUGAUAUGCGUCAAUAAAGUACUUGACAGAAAAAUAACAUGUACUGUGUACAAUCGCACAUUUUUUUUACUUGAAUACUAUACAAGAAUGUAAAUAUAUCAACAUACAUUACAAACGUUUUGUUUGUUAGAAUUAAAAUAAGUACUCAAAUAUUUGCUUGCAUUCUGAUUUUAAAGCAAGUUAUCCCUCACUGUCACUGUAAAAUGACAAUAGGUUUUAUGGCAAAAAAAAUCUAUCAACUCAGUCACCAAAAUUUUACUUUAAAACUGUGGUACAUUUUUUUUUUUUUUUUUUUUUUUACAGUAAAUGCUGUAAAAACCACCAAACAUUUUACGUAAAAAUUCCGGCGACUGAGCUGCCAACAAAAUCUACAGAUGUACUUUUACAGUGUAUGUAAUAUAUAUAUAUAUAUAUAUAUAUAUAUAUAUAUAUAUAUAUAUAUAUAUAAUCAAAUAAUAAUAUGAUGAAGCAAAUCCAUACUUUUAUAACCAUAUAUUAUUUACCGUUACAAACGGCCCUCUGAGGGCAGCAAUAACUGCGAUGUGGCCCUCAAUGAAAAUGAGUUUGACACCCCUGCUCCAUUCGAUAUUGUUAGCAAAAACAAAACAGGUUACAUCUUGCACUGCGGCUCAAUUUGAAUCUUCUGGGACAAUUUCCCAUCUGGCAACACCGGCUGUGAUUCAGGGCAUGGGCUGCAGGGAGCAGUAACGUUUGCAUGCGGAAUUGGAGCGAGAGGACGCAUGUUGGUGCUUCAAAAAGUCUAUUGAGGUUUUCUGACAUUGUUCCCAGACGUACGAUAGUAGGAUCGAUAAUUCCCAAAGUUCGAUGAUUUAUGAUCAUUUUAGCCCUUCAAUACAUGGCUGUGAGCAAACACAAACAGGAUCCAUCCUGCACUGCUGCUGAUUUUCAGGGUUUCCAAAUUGAAAAGUACAUACGUACCAGAAGUGUAAAAUUGUCAUAUUUUGAGGACAUUUAUCAUACGUACGUACGUAUCACAGAUACGUACCAGAAGCGUAAAAUUGUCAUAUUUUGAGUAAAUGUAUCAUACAUCUUAAAUUUUACGUCGCUCAGGACAAUCUGCUGCGUUAAAAUAUUACCAUCAAUUGUGUAUAGUUGUUAUUAUACAGAUCAGGGGUCCCCAAACUUUUCGACUUGGGGGCCAUAUACUGUAUAUAUAUGUAUGUAUGUA